GGUGGUGGUGGUGGUGGUGGUGGUGGUGGUGGUGGUGGUGGUGGUGGUGGUGGUGGUGGUGUACAGAGAUGCGACAACACCGUCACCGUCACCGACACCGACACCGACACCGACAUCGAGUGUACACAACAACUGAUGUGGGAGGAGGAGGAGGAGGAGGAGGAGGAGCAGAGUGUCGGUCUCGAUGAGCCGAAGCCCGGCACUUCCCCUCUUAUCACAUUUUUAUUAAGCAGAGCAUGUUUGGUCAGCUGCACUCUUGCCUUGACAGCGAUUCCUUGUCGGGUUCACCUGGUGUUGGUAAUCCCGAUCUUUCUUCUUGUUCCUUCUGCGUGA